AUGCCGACCGAACAUGAAGUUAUUCCGGGCACGGACGUCUAUGGGCCUGGCACCUACAUCGACAAGCACUUCAUUCCUGUGCCUGAGGAUGCCCGCCGAGUCUUCGAGCUCUUGGCUAAGGCCACUCCAGGCUUCACCGAAGAUCCUCGCGUCCUGGAUUCAGUGAGCUUUGAGGGGAGUCUGGAACCGAUCAUUUCCGGCCCCAUCAAAGCUCCCGUCGUUGCCGCCGCUCUCCAUGCCAUGUGUGGAGUUGUUGCCAACGAGAUCUUGGAGCAAGCUCACGGUGAGAAAGAACAUGAGCGACGCGUGACGAUCAACACAGACCAUGCUGCUCUUUGGCUAGGCUCUGUCUUUGCUGUUAAGAUCAAUGGAUCAAGUGCCUCCGAUAUCCUUUUAGCUGGCGGGCUUCCGGCCCUCUUCAAGAGAGAUUUUGAACAUGGAGCUUUCGGCAAUCCGUUGAGAUUGCGUACGACAGCCCUUUACCCGACCAAGAAACCGGAUGUUUGGUAUCAGCUUCACGGCUCGCUGAAUGCGGAUCCUGUCCUGGCCUCCAUCGGUGUGGCCCCCGACACGAAAUGUACACGCGAAGAAGCAUACGAUUUGAUCCGUGAACAUGUUCAGAAGUUUACCGCAGAGGAGCUUGACAUGAUGAAUGUGAAGAAUGGCUUCUGCGGUAGCACCUGCUACACUCCGGCAGCAUGGAGAGAGACAUUGAUGGGCAAGCGACUGGAAAAGCAUCCGCUUGUCAACUACACAAGGGAAUCCUACGCUAUCCCUACUCCCCCUACACCUAGACCUGCUGGCCUCACCGACAAGCGUCCUUUGGCAGGCAUCAAAGUGGUGGAGCUUGUCCGUAUCAUUGCUGGUCCAGUGAUUGGAUCGACCUUGGCCGCGUUCGGAGCAGAUGUGAUUCGUGUCAACUGCAGCCGGCUUCCCGAUAUUAAUGCCCUGCAGCUCGCGUUGAAUGCUGGCAUUCGCACGAUCGAUCUGGAUCUCACCAACGACGAAGAUUUGGCAAGAUUGCAUGAGCUCGUGCAGGACGCGGAUGUCUUCAUCGGAGGAUUCCGUCCCGGAGCCUUGGCACGAAAGGGACUCUCCCUUCAUAAUAUGCUUGAGAUGGCUGGAAAGCGAGGAAAGGGUAUUGUUUACGUCGAGGAGAACUGUUACGGACCUGAUGGUCCCUUCUAUGACCGACCCGGAUGGCAGCAGAUUGGAGAUGCCGCGUCAGGUAGCUCAUAUGUGACUGGAAGAGCUCUCGGCCACACCGAUGGUACUUGCGUGCUUCCCCCUCUUCCCAUCUCCGAUAUGGUCACCGGUCUGAUUGGAGCUUUGGGCGCAUUAAUGGCCAUUCGUGAUCGGGCUACACUUGGAGGGUCGUACCAUGUGCUGAGCUCCCUGGUCGCCGCGGACACGAUUUCACUCACUCCUGAAGUCGGAUUGUAUUCUCCCGAGGUGGUCAAGAAGAAUGCGGACACUUUCCAAUGGGAUCCUAUGGGCCCGGCGCAAUUUGUCAUUGAGCUGCUUCUCGUAAUGAUGAAGGGCUGGCAAGCGGUCUAUCCGGAGUACUUCGCGGAGAACUCGCCAUUUAUGGCGAAGUUCGAGGACUCUCAUUGGGGUGCCAUGGAGGUGGUCAAGCCUGUCGUGAGACUAGGGGAUGAGGCCGCAACUCCCCAUUGGGUGUCGCCUCCCGUGCCUCACUGCUACCACGACCGCAACAUCUCAUGGCUCUAG